AUGGGUGACCAGCAGCUCUACUGGGGCCACCCACAAAAAUUCAGCCAGGGUUUCCACUCUCUCUGCAUCUGUCAUGGUCUGAUCCAGAAACAUGGCCCCAAAAUGUGCUGCCAGUUCUUACAUCAGUACUCGAAGGAUAUAGGCUUCAUUAAGUUGGACUAA